GGCGCAGUGAGGCUAUAGGGAUUGUUUUGUUGUAAGCGGAGCUGCACUAAACGGAUUUUCUAAGCAUGGCUACCAACGAAUAUUCACAGCCAGCCAGCCAGGGGUAUGGCACCUAUCCAUCUCAGCCAGCCCAGGGCUACUCCCAGCAGGGAAGUCAGUCCUACGGCCAGCAGCAGCAGCAGGGAUACAGUGGGUAUGGCCAGUCUGCUGGUGCUUCAUCCUACGGGCAGAGUGGAUACAGCUCCUCCUAUGGACAGGACCAGAGCUCUGGAUAUGGCUCCCAGUCAGCUCAAAGUUAUGGAAGCAGUAGCUAUGGCGGCUCUCAGACAUCACAGACCCCUUAUGCUGGUGGACAGCAGCCGGCACAGUCUACAUACUCUAGCUAUUCUCAGCAGCCUCCUUCCAGCAGUAACACCGGAAGCUACAGUGGAGGUUCCCAGUCCUCUUCCUAUCAACAGCAACAGGGUGGUGGCUACAGCCAGCAAUCCAGUGGGGGCUAUGGCAGCCAGCAGAGUAGCUAUGGGAGCCAGAAUCAGCCCAGCUAUGGCAGCCAACAGUCACAAAACAGCUACAGCAGUCAGCAACCCAGCUCUUACGGACAACAGUCUGGCUAUGGCAGUCAGCAGGGAGGCUAUGGACAGCAACAAUCACAGUAUGGAGGAGGAGCUGGAGGAUACAACCAGGAAUCCUCAUCCUCAAUCAGUGGUGGUGGUGGCGGCGGCUACGGUGGCUCUGACCAGGGAGGUUAUGGUGGCCAAGAUAGAGGCAGGGGACGUGGAGGAUUUGGUGGCCGUGGUGGUAGCGGUGGCUUUGACAGAGGUGGCCGUGGCAGCCGUGGAGGAAGAGGCGGCAUGGGCGGUGGUGACCGGGGAGGAUUCAGUAAAUUUGGUGGACCACGUGAAGGAGGCCCUCCCAGACAAGAUGACAUGGCAGAUGAGCAGCAAGACAACUCUGACAACAAUACAAUCUUUGUGCAAGGCCUUGGUGAGAAUGUGACUGUAGAGUCUGUGGCCGAUUACUUCAAGCAGAUCGGGAUCAUUAAGACAAACAAGAAAACUGGCCUGCCAAUGAUUAACUUGUACACUGAUCGGGAAACAGGAAAGCUUAAAGGAGAAGCUACAGUGUCCUUUGAUGACCCUCCUUCUGCUAAAGCAGCUAUUGAUUGGUUUGACGGCAAAGAAUUCUCAGGCAACCCAAUCAAAGUUUCCUUUGCCACCAGGAGGGCUGACUUCAGCAGCAGAGGAGGAGGUGUAAAUGGCAGAGGAAGGGGGCGCGGAGCUCCCAUGGGACGUGGUGGUGGUGGUGGUGGCAGCUUUGGGGGUCCUAGUGGAGGAAACGGUCGUGGGGGUGGAGGAUACCCAAGUGGUGGUGGAGGACAGCAGAGAGCUGGUGAUUGGAAGUGUCCUAACCCAACUUGUGAAAAUAUGAACUUCUCCUGGAGAAACGAGUGUAACCAGUGCAAGGCUCCCAAGCCUGAUGGACCCGGAGGGCCAGACGGUUCUCAUAUGGGUGGUGGUGGAGGAUUUGGUGAUGACCGAAGGGGUGGACGUGGAGGCUUUGAUCGUGGGGGUUUCAGGGGUAGAGGUGGUGAUAGGGGUGGAUUCCGAGGUGGCAGAGGGGGAGACCGUGGGGGUUUCGGACCAGGAAAAAUGGAUUCCAGGGGUGACAACAGACAAGACAGACGUGAGCGGCCCUACUAGCUGUGACCUGUGUUUUUGAUUUUUACAUUUUUAAUUUGUUUUGUUUUAUUUUAUAUCAUUCAGAAUGUGUCCUAUGGAUUCUUACUGAAUGUCAUUUUGUGUACACUUUGUAUUAUCCCACUGCGCCUGUGAAUUUUACCUGUCUUUGUAAAGUCCUCACCCAUUAAACUGAAUUUUGUUAAGGUUUUUUGUAGGAUGGUGUAAAUAAAAGUUCUAGUGAAUGUGCAAAGGGAAGCACACAAUAAGGUUCUUAUAAAGCAUGUUCACAACUGUUAGUGUUUAUGGAGAUCAGGUAGUAAUCAGUGUUAAAAAAAAAAAAAAAAUUAUUGCCCAGUCCUGGACAUUCAUUCAUGUAUGAUCAUUCUCUGUUAUUUUUGGACAUUACACAACAUCCCUUAAUUCACCAGUAUUGCAACUGCUGUGUGGUUGCAAGUCUUGUUCUACAUCUUGUUACUAAGCAAGUUUAGGCUUUUUUUUUUUUUUCCUGGUUAUGUGCAAAAACUGAACAAUUACCAUGGUAUUGGCACUGAUUCUUUCUAGCAGCUUACUUUCUGCCUCAUUUGUUUUUUACAAAGGUGGGGGGAUGGUUGUAGGUUGAAAUGGCAGGGUAUGUGUAGUUGUGCCUGCCCUAGUCUUAAGGAAUGUACAAAAUGAAUAGCAUCCGUUCAAAAUGGUAAGAACUAGUUACCAGUACAAUGCACAUUAACAUGAACUCUUCUGGAGCCUGCAGUGACACUUUCUAGAUGAAACCUUUGUAGAUAAUAAAGUGACAAUUCUCUAA